AUGGUAUAUCCUUUACCUAAAAAAUCAACCAUAGUGAUUGAAGUCGGAUCUACUUACACAGUCAAGCCCACUAACAAAUCUACCCCUGAGAAAAUAUUAUCGGAUGUUGAGAAAAGCAAGUUAGAUGAAGGUAUAUCAAUUGUCUUUUUCAUAUAUAUAUGGUACUGUGGCUACUGUAUGUGUUGUUUUGAAUACCAACAAGGUAUGGAAUGAGAAAUCUCACCACACUAUACACACUUUACCUUAUAGAACUGAAGAAGUUGAAUGGAAGUAAAUUGAGGAAGGAAGGGACACAAACUACAAAGUUGAAGAGUGUGGGAGUAGUGAAGUGGCUGUGGAGAAUUGAAUGUGGUUACUGCAAAAAAUCGAUAAUGUUGCGCUAUGAUUCUGAUUCAAAGGGACGCAUCAACGCAUUUCAAAGACUAAGUAUAAUACAAUUAUACCUUUCUUCAGUGGCUGCAAAUAUAAUAGAAUAUUGUAAAUUGAACUGCUGAAACCAAGGAAUGAUAAAAAGCCAAUGAUUUAAAUUUAAUGAGAAAUUUAAGUACUGGAAACAAGACCUAUCACAGUAAUCAAAAUUUCAAUAUCUGUUUCAGAACAUUUAAUGCAUGUGCAGUCAAAGCAAGCAAACCACGACCAAAAAGAAACCGAACAGUUAAAGAAAUGUUGAUUGGAGCUAGUAAGACUGAAGUUCCGGAAAAAAAGGACAAUCAUAUCUGACGUCCCAGAACUCCUUGACUCGAACUUGGACCUAUCAGACCAGGAGCAUGGUUCAAAGUAGAUACUAUACACACCCAUCCAUAUAUUUACAUUUAUAUAAUACCUUAUUGAAUUCUGAUAGUUUAAUUGGCUGUUUAUGGUGAUGUGAUAUUGAAUAGAACAUUCCAUUUCCCAAGAGUGCAAUGGAACACGUUCCAUUGCACUCUUUGCGAGUGCAAUGGAAUAAAACAUAUUAGUACAAUUACACUCUUUGUGUUUUCAAUAAAUCGCAUCCCUCAAAAUGCUUCUCAUACGAAAAUAUUAGUUUAUUUUGGUAUUAUAUAAAACAAAUAAUUAAUGUUUUUUCGUGCAUUGGUAAGAAUACUUUCAUUCGGUGAAAGAUGGAAUGUUCCAUUCAACUCGGCUAUCGCCUCAUUGAAUGGAACAUUCCAUCUUUCACCUCAUGAAAAUAUUCUUACCAUUGCACUCAUAAACAUUCAUUAUUUGUAUAAUAUAUGUAUGGUAUUUACUUUGAAUAGCACAUAUACUUUUAACUAUAUAUAUUCCAUGUGAGAGAUUUUUGCCUUGUAGUUACGAUACAUUAUUUGUUUAAAUAAUUAAAUCAUUCCUUUUUUAUUGAUUUUCACACAGGACCACCUAUUAUUAUAUUGCUUAUAUAGUUAUUGUAUAGUUGUUGUACAGUGUAUAUUUUUAUGUAGCAUGAAAACAGAUGAUAUAUAAUAUGACUUCCCCACUUCCAUUCACAUGGUUUCCUUACCUAGCUAGGUAUACUGUAAUUAUAUGGGCUGCAAGAACCAAAUGACGUUUAUUGAUAUUCAAAAAUGUAUAAGCUCUUUUAAUAGAAAAACAAACCCAAACAAGUACUCUCUCAAUACUGAUAGACAUAUUAAACGGCUACAAUUGUAGAUGUUUUUGUGGCGGAAAGAGGUUAUCAGUUAUUUAUCCUUUUUCAGAUAUCAAGAUUCGAGUUCUGAUUGCAUGUGAUUGGAUUCAGAUGAUGGCCUCUCCUCUAGUGAUGAUUUCAGUAUAUCUAGUCAUAUAACUGAUAAGGACAUCCCAAUUGAUUCAGAUGAUCAGAGUGAAUGUCAAUCUUCGGGUUCAGCUGAAUCAAAUUUGGAUGAUAUAAAUGGUGAUGUUAAUCUUGAUGAAGACAAUCGAUGGUAUGCUUACAGUGUAGAUAAAGCAGAUCCUGUUUGUCGUAAGUUUGACGACUUAAUUUGUCGAGGCUUGGUACCCAAGAAUGGAAUCUUGUACAAGUAUCUCUCAGAUGUCAUUGAAAUAUUUUACGAUCGAUGUCACUCGUAUGAUCGAGAGGUUGUUGAAUUUUUCAACACAAUCCGUCACUUAGGUGGUUGGAGAACUGUAAAUUUUAUUCUUGUCCAAUAUUCAAGGGCCUUUGAAUAUUGGACAAGGAAAAAGGGGGUCGAUGUAGCCAAAAAUGUUGUGCAAAAUGAACUUGGGAGGUCCUUCUGAAUCUGUUUGUAACAAGCAGCAAGCAGGUUGUACCAUCCGGUCUGGGGUUAUUAAGUCCUUCUGCCUUUCUCAAUUAAAACUAGCUACAAACAACAGUCAAACUGUUCCUAUUAUUGCCUCCGAUAUCGUCCAUGUAAUCCCAUGCAACAAUGGAAAUGCUAUCAAGCCCAGCAUUGAGUUCGAUUCAAGGCUCAAAAGAUGUGUUGGUUUGGAUAUUGAUGUAGACACUGAUUUCGUUAAAAGAAACGACAAAGUUACACUGGAAUUUUUGAGUGAACACAUCGUUACUGAGGUCGUUAUUUCUUCAGUUACGACAAUUGAUAAUGAGGUAAGCCUACCUUGCAUGGCGGAGUACGUACCCAAAAGUGGCAAAAUCGGAGAAGCAAUCAGUAAGUCGUUGCUUUUGACAAUAAAAACCUUGCAAAUCUGUGAAUUGUGUGUUAAGAAAAUUGCCCCUAUUGAACAUAUUCUCAAAUACACCAACAUUUGUGAAAGCCGCUGUGAUGCCUGCCUUUUGAACAACUCACUAUGUGAGGAAUGUAAAAGACAAGGGCACACUAGUCACUUGCCAUGUUUAAGAGCGUGUGUCAACUGUCUUGAAAGGUGUCAGCUGUGUGUACGCCGGGUAUUUCUUGUUUUAACUGCCGAUUGUGAAGAAGGAAACAAGGCGGCAUUCAGAAUCAUUAAGAAAUCGAUCGAAGAUGGCUCCAUUGACCCAGACCUCUGUUUACUGUCUCCAAUUCCUGAUGUGCCUCGCAUGGGCAAAAGCUUGAAAGCUGGAUUUUCCAACUGGUAUCUGAAACUGGCUGAAGAAAGAUCCAACCUAGCAGUUAUUCGCAACCUGAGAAACAGAUCUACGGACACCGUCAAGCAAUGUAUUAGAAAACUAAUCCCAAAAAGUGAUCAUGUCAGGAAUAGGGAUCGUCAAGACCCGUGCGCUGUCCUAACCUUGACAAAUGACUCCUUGCUUGCUUACUUGUCCAGUUUAGGUUUAGAUUGCACCACGAUCAUUCCUGAAACAUGCAAAUUUACGCCAGACAAUAGGCCUGGCAUGUAUCCUAAACCAAUUAGUGUUGCGUUGGGUUCUUAUGGUUGGUUGUAUUUUCUUUGUAAUUUCAAUGAAAAGAAUGGAAAAUAGAUUUGGUAAAGGCUCGAUUACAUUCUCUGUUAGACACAUUUUGCGUUGUAAAGAAACAAAUCCAGGCAAAAGAGGUGCACUUUUUGGAUGGAAUUGUUUACUUGUGCGGAGAUCAUUCCCAUAUCACGAUCUUGGAUGAAGGACGUCUCAUGAAUUUAGAUGUUAAAAAGUUAACAAGUAAAGCACAGGUGAAAGCUAAAUGCAAGGAUCUUGAUGUUCCUUUAGAUUUACAGUCUUCUGUUGCUCAAAUGAAAGAAAGACUAACCUUACACAAGAAGAAUGUCGAAAAGCCGUAUGGGGACAAUGGCUUUGAAACCAGCACGAUUAACUUCUGGAACGACAAUCUUGUCGAACAAACCCAAAAUUUUUACCCAUUUGCAUAA